AUGGUUCAAGGAGGUCCGUCACGAAGACCAAAUAAACGAAACUAUGAUCAACAUUGGAGAGAACAGGAAGUCGUGUUCCCUGCUGUUCCUGGGGGCCCUCAGGAAGAACGACUACUCGAUUCAGAAGAUAAAGCACGUUUGGAACCGGUCGAUUUUCCCCUCACCGGAUUCUGUAAUGAAGCUGUAUUCCCAUUAGGGCAAAUCGCUUUCCCGGUGACUUUAUCAGAUGGCAAACAUUCACGAACAGUUACAGUCAAUUUCAUGGUCAUGCCAGCAACAUCACGUCAUGAUGUUUUGCUCGGGAGAAGGUCACAAAGAGAAUUCAGCAUGAUCACUUCCAUUCCACAUGCUGCUUGUGGAUUCCCGACAGAAACCGGAGUUGCAAUUCUCUAUUCAAGCAAAGAAGUUAUGUCCGUGGACGACGAACCACCAGCAAAGGUAGUCAAACCUUCGGCACUAAACGAACCAGAGAAAUGGGUCCUAAACAACGAAUACCCAGAGCAGACCAUUCUGCUAGGACAAGCCAUUUCACCAGCAACACGCAUACAACUGAAAGAGUUGUUGUUUAACAACAAAGAUAUAUUUGCUUGGUGCCCAGCAGGCAUGACUGGAGUUCCAUACGACAUCGCGCAACAUUGUCUAAACAUCAAACCAUCAGUAGAACCUGUUGCUCAGGGGAGGCGCAGCUUCAGUGAAGAAAAAGCAAAAGCGAUGGAUGAGCAAGUGGCAGAGUUACUCAAUGCGGGAAUCUUGCGCGAAGUCCAGAUGAAAAAAGAAGACGAAGACAAAACCGCGUUCCGCACAGAUAAAGGCAUCUACUGCUACACGAAAAUGCCGUUCGGUUUGCGCAACGCAUGCGCAACUUAUCAACGCCUAAUGGACACAGUCUUUAGCGAGGAUAUUGGCAAAACUGUCGAAGUAUACAUGGAUGACCUCGUCAUCAUGAGUCAUGAAGAAGAGACAAUGCUCAACAAUAUCCAGCGCACGUUCGAUUCCUUACGUAGCGUGAACUUAAAACUUAACCCGACAAAAUGCUCCUUCGGCAUGGAAGAAGGAAAAUUUUUGGGUUUCAUAGUUACAAGAGACGGCUUUAAGGUCAAUCCAGAAAAAGUGCAGGCCAUCCAGUUAAUGCCAUCACCUGCAACAGUCAAAGAAAUGCAAAGGCUCGCCGGACGAUUAGCAGCUCUGAACAGAUUCUUGGCUAAUCAUGCGGCAAAAUCUUAUCCAUUUAUCAGUACGCUGCGAAACUGCGGAAAGAAAACUCCUUUCCAAUGGAUGCCUGAAGCAGAAGCAGCAUUCAAACAAAUGAAAGAAUGUUUAAUUCAAUUGCCAACACUGACCGCGCCAAAAGAAAAAGAACCAUUAAUCUUAUAUCUGUCGGCCGCGGAAGUAGCAGUAGGCGCAGUAUUAAUGGUAGAACGGGAAAAUAUCCAGACUCCAAUCUACUAUAUCAGCAAAAUGCUCACUGGCCCCGAAACUCGUUACUCAAUGAUAGAAAAAUUGGUUCUAGCACUAGUACACGCAUCCAGACGCUUGUGCAGGUACUUCUCAGGCCAUGUCAUCACAGUCCUCACAAAUUAUCAUUUAGGCCAAAUCUUGUCAAAACCUGAUGUGGCGGGAAGAUUAGCUAAAUGGGCCAUUGAGCUGGGAGGCUACAACAUUUUUUACAAACCAAGACCAGCAAUCAAAGGGCAAGUUCUAGCAGACUUCGCCACUGAAGUUCCCAUCGAUAAAAUACAAGAAUGUGAGGCAAUCCAGAACCCAACACCUGUUUUCGACGACAGAGUCUGGACCUUACACACAGAUGGUGCUUCCAACGAUGAUGGAGCAGGAGCAGGCCUCCGAUUAAUCAGUCCGGAUAAUCACGAACUUACAUAUGCAAUACACUUAUAUUUCCAAAGUACCAACAAUGAAGCAGAAUACGAAGUAUUUUUAGCAGGUCUCCGUCUAGCACUCAAAAUGGGGGCAAGAAACCUUGAAGCCAAUGUUGACUCAAAGAUAGUAGCUGAACAAGUUAAUGGUCGUUAUGAUGCGAAAGGGGAAGCUAUGGCGUUGUACCUUGAACAAGCGCGGAUGUUAAUCAGCCAAUUUCAAACGUUUAAAAUAAAUCACAUAAACAGAAGCGAGAACAAGCACGCUGACGCACUAAGUAAGUUAGCUGCUACCAGCUUUAAGCACUUAGCAAAGGAGGUGCGCAUAGAGGUAUUAUCCAACCCUUCUAUUCAUCUCAAGCAAGUAAGCGUCAUAGAAAUGGGAGAUCCAUCCUGGAUGUCUCCAAUCAUAUUGUACCUUCAACACGAAAAACUUCCGGAAGGAAAGGCAGAAGCUCGAAAAAUACAACACAAAGCAAUAAAUUACGAGAUGGCGGAUGGCGUCCUUUAUCGAAAGUCAUUCAUGGGCCCAUUACUACGCUGUGUUGAUAAAACAGACGCCAAAUACCUAGUCAGAGAAAUCCACGAGGGAUUAUGCGGGAUACACGCGGGACCGCGCAUGGUCGUGGCAAAAAUAAUGAGCGCCGGAUACUACUGGCCAGGAAUGCACAUGGACGCAGUUGAUCUAUUAAGAAGAUGCGAGGCAUGUCAACGCCACGCACCAAAGACACUCCGACCCAAAAAUCCAUUCGGGUUACCAUUGCGCAUUAUUUCUGACAAUGGUACAAACUUCGCCGCAGAAGAUCUUCAAAAAUGGUUCAAAGAAAUGAAGAUCGAGCACAACUUUGCCUCUGUUGCGCAUCCUCAAGCGAACGGUCAGGUAGAAAGCGUAAACAAACAAAUCGUUGACGGCAUAAAAGCGCGACUUGGGACAGCGUGCAGAGGGUGGGUUGACGAACUUCCCAGCAUCCUCUGGGCGCAUCGAACAAUGCCAAAAACUAGCACCCGAGAAACUCCGUUCAGUCUAGUCUAUGGGUCUGAGGUGGUCAUUCCAGCUGAGAUAGGUUUACCGUCACCGCGCAUGUUAGCCAUGGAAAAACAGAACAAUGAACAAGAGCGAAGAAUGGAUUUGGAUCUUCUGGAAGAGAGGCGCGAGAACGCUGCCAUAACGGAAGCAAGGUACAAAUCCAAGCUCGAAAAAUAUUACAAUGCGCGCGUGCGUGUUUGCACCUUUGUCCCUGGCGAUUUUGUCCUACGCGACAACGAGGCUUCAAAUGCCGAAAAGCCCGGCAAAUUAGCGCCAAGGUGGGAAGGACCGUACGUCAUUAACGAGGUCUUAGGCAAGGGGGCAUAUACCCUAAAAAGGAUCGAUGGGACCCUAGUCCCCCGCACCUGGAACGCACAACAGUUGCGCAGGUGUUACAUAUGA